ACGUUUACUUACUCAUUUGGCAGUUGUAAAGCAUUUACUGUGCGCUACUUUCUUCCCCUUUCUCUUCUCUUGCUAAGAAACCCUACUGGUUUGACAAGAAUCCCUUCUCCGGGUGCAAAUUCUCGCAGAUCCGCUGGUUUCCGGUCAAUUGGGGAUCAAAUUUCGCUGUCUCGUCGCGGAAAACCCCGGUGCUUGUGUUUCUUGCGGCGGAAAACCACCACAUUUCGACGGUUUCUUCGAGUUCCCUUCUCCGGUUCGCUGGAUCGUAGCAUUGUGGCGGCAUGCAAACCAUGGAAGCCGGGUUGUGUUCGGCCCGUACCCCAUCUUCGCAGGAGGAAAGCGGUGAUGAAGAGCUUUCGGUGCUUCCCCGGCACACUAAAGUCAUUGUGACCGGCAACAACAGAACAAAGUCUGUUCUAGUUGGGCUUCAAGGUGUUGUGAAGAAAGCAGUCGGCCUCGGCGGCUGGCAUUGGCUGGUACUAAAGAAUGGGGUGGAAGUCAAGCUACAAAGAAAUGCGCUGAGUGUGCUGGAAGCUCCUACUGGAAACGAGGACGAUGAUGAUGACAUCGACUGUGAUAACUCAUUCUGCAGUAGUUCAGAUAUGGGGGACAAAGAUGUGGAUUACUCUAGCUUGGAGUUUCAUAAGCCGACAAAGCCAAGGGUACGACAUACCAGGCCAUGGACAUCUUCAGCAAAGUCAAAUGGGCGCGGCAACCAUCGAGACACUCACACCAAUGGUCAUAAGCCUCAAAUGAGAUUAAAUUUGGCCAAACUUGGGACACCAGCCUUGUGGAGAUACUGGAGGCACUUCAAUCUUGUGAACAUCAACCCCAACCCCACAAAAGAACAACUGAUUCAUGGUGUGCAAAAUCAUUUGCUGUCGCAGCAACUGGACGAGAUGCAGGUUAUCGUAGGAUUCAUCCACACCGCCAAGAGAUUGAAAACCCUCUACUCGUAGAAGGAACGAGGCGAUGAGGCAGGACUGAUUCGAGUAUCUAAUGUCUGUAUGCUUGAACAAAAUUGGCCGGUUUGGAAGAGAGAUGUGAUGUUAAUGCCAGACCUGCUUAGAACACUUGAUGAUUUUGUAGUGUACUCAAGUAUCUAUAUAUUAUUAGUCCAGUUUGAAAGCA